CUGGAGACAGAAGUUAAUACGCUAAAAGCAUUCUGGGCUUGAAGAGUCACAAGUUUUCCUAUCAGCUUGGAAAAGAGUGGAUACACAGGACAGGGUGUGAUGGCAGGAGCACAGGGGCAGGUCUUGGCUGCUGUGCUGCUCCUCGUCUCCGCUGGGGUCCAUUGCUCCUCUCCCCCACCUGUCUGUCCAGAGUCUUGCACCUGUCAGAGAGCUCCCCUGUUGAACUGUUCGUCCUCUGGCCUCUCAUUGGUGCCGCAGGACAUCCCGGACUCUGUCACUGAGCUGGACCUGUCUCACAAUCUCCUCGAUUCUGCAACACUCCACCGGCCACAUCGUAACCUGAGGAAUGUUUGGCUGGGAAACAACUCGAUCACACACUUGUCUCUCUGCGUAGACAGAAGCAUGGGAAGCCAGUCUGUCAGUGGUGGACAUCUACAUCGCUUGAGACCUUGGAGCAGAAGAAGAUGCGUAUCUUGGGCCCCCACCCUGCAGCUGCUAUCUGUUGAGAGGAAUCAGCUGAUGCAACUCCCAGAGGGGCUGGAAGGUAGUCCGUCUUUAUGGGUUCUGCAGCUCUCCUUCAACAGGAUCUCAACUCUACGACCAGGCGACCUUAGCCACCUUCGACAGCUGAAAGAGCUGCACCUACAACACAACCUCAUCACAAGUCUCCAUCCACAGAUGUUCCAGGAUUUAGCCCAGCUCAGGGUAAUUUAGAUUAUUUUCCUUCAAUCUGUUCAUUUUGUUCCUUCACACUUAUUGAAACUUGAUGAACGACAGAAUAUUCAGUAUUUCCAGCCAUACAGUGAUGCCAAAUUCUGUUUUGAUUGGUAA